UAAUUGUUGUUUAAACUAAUUUUGUCAUUUAAUUAAUUAAUGGAAUAUUUUGGGUUUAAAUAUUUAGAGUCGAGCACCUUCGUAAAUUGUAGAAAUGUAGACAUUGUCCGAUGCAUGGCACAUUUUUAUAUAAAAUUUUUCUUAAUCAUGUCACAGCAGAAAGCACUUCCACAAAGUAAAGAGGCCCUGUUAAAAUCAUACAACAAAAGAUUGAAAGAUGAUAUUAAAUCAUUAGUUGACAACUUUGUAGAGAUUGUGAAAUCAGCGCGAAUUGGUCAAGAUGAAGAUAGUCAGUUAUUUCGUAUGACACAAACUGCUCAAGAUCAAUAUGAAAUGCAUGUUCGAGCAGCAAAUAUUGUUCGAGCAGGCGAAUCUUUAAUGAAACUUAUUUCCGACAUCAAGCAAUAUCUGAUACUAAAUGAUUUUCCAUCAGUUAAUGAAGUCAUCAAUCAGAAAAGUAAGUUUUAUCAGGCAGUGCAGACGGAAUGCGACAAAAAAUUAAUUGCGUUGAGAGACGACGUUGCAGCCGAACUGUACGAACUCGAAGAAGAAUACUAUUCAUCGGUUUACAAAUCCAUGAUGCCAAGAUUAGGCUCUAUAUGAAAUAGCGAUUAAUAACGUUUGUUUAUAUGGACGAAAAUGAUUAUUAACAUAAACUUUGCUGUAUUUAUUAUUAAUGAGAAUACUCAUUAAUUAUAACAGUGUAUAAUAAAUGCUUUUAGUUUA